AUGACCUUGCACGUGUGUGAUUGUCUUUCUCAGUCUCGUAUAUAAACGAAACUGAACGCUAGCGUCUCGCAUUUGAAUGCGUUUAUCCGAUUCCAGAAACAUCUCCAAUCUUCUUCCCUAACUUCACAAUCCAACAAUUCAUUCCUUUAUCCCAUCAAGUUUGAUAUUGACGAUUAAACAUGGCUGGAGGUGGCAAUAUUUUGGCUAGGGCUAUUUCUUACUUGGUCAAUGAAGUGGUUGUUACUGGUCUUGCCAACAGCCCUGCAUUUCAGAGGUUUGCAGUGAGGACAUCAAAGAAUAUUGAAGUUAUUUCAAAAAAAGCUGAUCAGAAGCGACAAGAGUUUGCUGAGCACCUAAGCAAAUUGGAGUCUUUCAAGAACCAGCAGUGAUUCUGUCAUAUUUAUGGUGCUUUGCUGAAGGAUAAUAAAGUCUAAUGCUCUUUACCAAAGAUGCUGGUGGAGAGAGUAUGUAAAUUUCUUUUUUGUGGUCGGUUUUGGUUUGUAGCUCACGAAUGUAAUGGCUUCUUCCAGUUUGUUUGCUUGAACCAAAUACAAGAUUAGGAUACUAAUGAUAUUUUAUGAUGUUGUGUUACGGACUCGGUCCAUUUCUAUUUGAAACUAUUGACUACUGAUUACAAAUGGAUGAUAUAGAAAUUUAAACAGCGAUAUUUUUAUCAA